AUGCUCUGCGGGGCCAUCUGGUCCGCUGCGCCAGUGUCGUUGCGCGGGCUGGCGCCGCACGUGCCCCCGCGCCCCGCCCUGCUCGCCGCGCUCGUCAUGCACGCGCUGCAUGCCGACGACUCCAGCUUUGUAGGUAAGAUGGGCUUUUCCAACCCACCGAAAGCACCCAAGUUACACGACCAAACAACAAAAUAUAACUCUACGGUA